AUGGAGGCCGUGCUGCAGAUUUUUGUUCUUCUUUCCAUGGCGACUUUGUCCUUUGCAGGAUGUGGUCCUUGUGAAUACGACCUGGUGACCGGACCCUACGGUGUGUCCGACGAGGCAAUCACAGCGUCAUCUACCCACAGUCACUGCUCUUUAGUAAAAGCCAGAUUCAGCAGUUCCAACAGCUGGUGUCCCCUUCAUACUGGAGUUGGACAUUAUUUACAGGUGGAGUUUCGAUCCGUCUCAUUGCUGAAGGCAAUACAGACUAAGGGACGGGGAGACACUAGUCAGUGGGUGACGUUGUACAAUGUCAAUAUCAGUAUGGACGGACUCACCUGGACGUCCUUAUCGAACUCUUCAGGCGACGUAAAGGUAACAAUGUUCUUUUGA